CCACAACAACGCCUUGUCCACCGCCAGAUUAAGCAACUUGGGUAUCCAGCAGAGGAGCGUCCACCGGACACGUGCGCGAGUCAUGGAGUCAUUUGUGGGACAGAUGCAACGGAGCUCGACCAACCUUUACUCUGACACGACACACCGCCUGACUGCGCGUCCUGCCCCUGUCCAAGCUGGCAAAGGGCGCGCAUACGAGGCCAUGAAGAGCGACUUUAGCCCUCCGAGAAAGUCGAAGCCGCCACCCACGAGCCAGCCGUCGCAGAACGCGAACGAUCACCUCCUCACGUACAAGGGCCCGCGCCGGGGCGACGUAAGGGGCGACCCAGAGAGCAGCGAGGACGAGCUGCUUCUUUCUCAGGAUAGCAUAAGAGGAGAGGGCAGGAAGAAGCUGAGUCAUACGACCAGUAUGCGUAUCAGGGACAACGAGGAGCGGGGCAGGAAGCGAAAAGAGAAGGCGGAGAAAGAGAAGGAUCCGGGGCGGGCGGCGCUAAAGGGUAUCAUGCCUAAUCCCACCACACAGAACUUCAGAGGCUUUAAGAUCACGAAGAACUCAACGGCUGCGUCCUCGAGCAAGCCCGAGGGCGCACAUAGAUCUGUCGAACCGCCCCCUAGUUCCUCUCUAGCCACCAUAGAUGUCGACCCGGACGAUGAUACCUCUCACACCACGCGCCUCGGAAAGUCUCAAUCGCGCACCGGCGCUCGCUCUGACAUGACCCCUACGCGCACCUUGGCAGGAAGCAGCCGCGCGCAGGGAAACAACGCGCAUAUAGCCAACCAGACACGCGAGGCGCGGCUCAAGAAGCGCGUCAUGGUCGAGAAGACGCGUCGAUGCGUAGACACGGACGACGAAGACGAGGACGCGGACCUGUUCGAGCACCCGCCAGCCGCACGCACGCGCGACGCGGACAAGGACGUGUCCACAUCCAAGCCCAAGCCCAAGCCCAAGCCGAGGAAACCUCAAGUUAUGUCCGACGACGACUCGCCGCCGCGCCCCAAGCCCACCGCCAAACCGCGUCCAAAGCCGCGGCAGAAGAUAAAGUCCGCCGCUACCGACGAGGACGAGCGCGCCCAGUCCGAUCCGGAGGGCACACCGCGCGCGUCCCGCCUCCGGAAGCAACACGGCUCCACCACGGCUGACGAUCUCUUCGGCCCCGACUCACCAACGUCGCCAUCGACGCCCAAACGCAGGAUCAGGGCCUUUCCGAUGGGCUUGCCCGAGCCGGCGAAAGAGAACACGGGUGUUCCUCCGCCGAGGCAGGCGGGGGGAAAGGGCAAGG